AUGCCGCCCAAGUCGCCCGUUGUCGGCCGCAAGAACAAGGCCCGUCCCUCGCGCGGCGGCAGCUCACGCGCCUCGACCGGCAGCCGGCGCGAGAGCGCGAAGCGACUGGGCGCACCAGGCCCCGCGCCCAAGCGCACCAAGCGCUACAAGCCCGGCACCGUUGCGCUGCGCGAGAUCCGCAAGUACCAGAAGACAACGGACCUGCUGCUGCUGAAGCUGCCCUUUCAGCGCCUGGUCCGUGAAAUCGCUCAAUCCGUCACCGGCGAAGAUGGCCCGAACAGGUGGCAGUCGCAAGCCCUCUUCGCCCUGCAAGAAGCCACCGAGGCCUUCCUCGUCAACCUCUUCCACGACGCCAACCUGUGCGCCAUCCACGCCAAGCGCGUCACCAUCCAGCAAAAGGACAUCCAGCUCGCGAGGCGGUUACGAGCCGCCUGGGGCGCGCCAGUCUAA